AUGGAGACGAUUCUCCACAUCUACCACCCAAAGCGCAACCUGCUUCUCCUGGAGUACGCCAACAAAAGUACCAAUUUCGAUCCCAGCACCGGUACCGGCACCGGCAUCCAAGAACCUUCCAAUGUCCUCCUCUUUGUUGGCGGGUUGUACGACAACUUCCGAUCGCCGGCGUACAUUGAAGAUGUUGCCGCCUUGUUCCCGCGAGAUUUCGAGAAUCAGAAAUGGCGCGUGAUGCAUGUCCAGAUGUCCUCGUCGGGGAGGACUUUUGGGUUAUAUGAUUUGGAUCGCGAUGUCGACGAAAUCAGCACAGCAAUAACCUACAUUCGCUCCUCCAUCACCCAUUCCCCAGACACGCCGGUCGUAUUGAUGGGCCAUAGCACUGGAUGCCAGGAUUUGAUCCACUACCUGUCGACCUCGACAUCAUCUCCUUCGCCUUCUCGACCACGCAUUUCCGGCGCGAUCUUCCAAGCCCCAGUCUCCGACCGCGAAGCCAUCAUGGACGGCGUCCACAGCGACCCAGCGACCCGCCAAUCCUACGAAGCAUGUCUCGCCAUCGCGACAUCGACGCCGACCCAGCACCACGCGACAACGAUCCUACCGAUCCACGUGAGCAAGUUAUGUCUAGGCUCUGCUCCGCUGAGUAUUGCGCGGUUCUUGAGUCUCGCGUCACCCGGGUCGCCCGACAGUCCUGGCAUGGACGACUACUACUCCAGCGAUCUGAGUGAUGCGCGACUCUCCGAUACUUUUGGUCGGAUUGGAAGCAGUCGGGGCACAGCGAAAACAGUAAUGUUUCUUCCCUCGGGCAGUGACGAACACGUCCCCAUGAGUAUUGAUAAAGAAUUCCUCCUGUCGCGCUGGAAACGUGCCGUUGAAGCCGACGGCGCUGCUUCAGUGUCGCAGUAUUCGCGGGUCAUUCGGAACGCGUUGCAUGAUAUUUCGGGGUCGUCGAUCGAAGCGCGCACAGCAAGACUGGUUGAUAUGCGUGGCUCGGUGUUGAGGUAUUUGGAUGAAGUGGUUGGAGAUAUUUUGGGGGAUGCUGAACAAAGAGGACAAGGAGAAGAGAUAGGAAAAGGUGGUGCUGAUGGUGCCGCGACUCGACAUCAAACCGACUCAAGUCCGUGGGCGAUCUACGAACGCGAUAGACGAGCGAUUGAAUUGGAACGGGGCGUGAGUGGUGUCAGAUUAUAA